ACAGAAAUUAUGCCGUCUAGCCUGGGGACGGUUUUAGGGACGUACCAGGAAGACGUUCAGGAAGUUUGGCGCACAUAACACGUUUUGAUUGUGUACAUGCCUGAUAAAAAAGUCCAACUGCACGCUACUACGGCUGGAAUAAAAUUAAAGUCGCCAUUGUAGCUGCUUGAGACGACCACUAUGGAGAAAGAAACCCCCGCUAAAAAGGCGGCAGCGCCCUCUGUGUCGCAGAUUAAUGCAGAAUAUGUCACACAGUUGGCAAAUCAAUAUUGGGCUCCCCAUGCAAAGAAUAAACUGCCCUUUGACCCUAAGGUGAUGGAAGAUAUUUAUGAAAAAGAGAUUCUCAUGUCCAAAUUUGCCAUCAGAAAAAUUAUGCUGCUUGAAUUCAGCCAGUACCUUGAAAACUACUUGUGGGUGAACUACACUCCUGAGGUGUCCAGCAGUGCCUACGUCAUGUCCAUUUGUUGCAUUGUCAAUGAGAAGUUCAGAGAGAAUGUCCCAGCAUGGGAGGUAUUCAAGAAGGAGCCCAGUCAUUUUCCAUUCUUCUUUAAAUGUGUGAUGGAUGCUGUGUUGGCAAGUGAGGAGUCUGGCCUCACUCUGAAGGAGCAAACUAUACUGCUGGUCUUCCUAGACCACUGCUUCAACAGUCUGGAGGUAGAUUUGAUCAGAGAACAAGUGCAGCAGCUCAUCUCUCUGCCUAUGUGGAUGUGUCUCCUACCAUCCAGGCUCCAACAAGAGCUGAAGAACGUUCCAAAGCUGCAAAAGUUCUGGAAUCUAAUCAAGAAGAAAUUUGAUAAGAUGGAUGCUAACGCAGCUGAACAGGCAAAAAAAGAGAGGACCUUCCUCUCAGCUCUCAUUAAAAAGUUUAUUGGAGUCCUCAUGUCAAUUCCGCCCUCAGGGCCUGCAUCCAUGGACAGGGUGCAUUACUGUGAGCGAUUCAUUGAACUCAUGAUUGAUUUGGAGGCCCUGCUGCCCACCAGGCGUUGGUUUAAUACAGUGCUGGAUGAUUCUCACUUGGUGGUCAGCUGCCACCUGUCCAGCCUCACCCAGAGAGAGAAGGAGGGACACCUCUUCUGCCAGUUAUUGGACAUGCUAAAGUUCUACACAGGUUUUGAGAUCAAUGACCAGACAGGAGUCGCCCUGACGGAGAAAGAGAUGACUACCCUGCACUAUGACAGAAUUACCUCCCUGCAGAGGGCAGCCUUUGCUCAUUUUCCAGAGUUGCAUGACUUUGCUCUGUCUAACGUAGCAGCGGUAGACACUAGAGAAUCCUUGACGAAACACUUUGGACAUCUCAGUCCCAGUGCACUUCACCGGGUGGCCUCAUACUUGUGUCUCCUGCCAGAGCUGCCUGAAGGGCAAGACACCACCUAUGAGAAACAAGUUCUCCUUGAGCUUCUGGUGUCCCGUCAUGAGCGCAGAAUCUCUCAGAUUGAGCAACUUAACCAGAUGCCCCUUUAUCCAACAGAGAAAAUAAUCUGGGAUGAGAACAUCGUCCCGACAGAGUACUACUCAGGGGAAGGCUGCCUGGCACUGCCUAAGCUAAAUCUCCAGUUUCUGACCCUCCACGACUACCUGUUGAGGAACUUUAACCUCUUUCGUCUAGAGUCCACCUAUGAGAUCAGACAGGACAUAGAGGACGUGGUGUGGCGUAUGAAACCUUGGCAGUCAGAGUACGGUGGAGUUGUGUUUGGAGGCUGGGCUAGAAUGGCUCAGCCGAUCACCACUUUUUCCAUAGUAGAAGUUGCCAAGCCCAAGAUUGGAGAGAGCUGGCCUGCUCGUGUCCGAGCCGAUGUUACUAUUAACCUAAAUGUACAAGACCAUAUCAAGCACGAGUGGGAAGGGCUGCGGAAGCACGACGUUUGCUUUCUGAUCACGGUGUGCCCCAACCUGCCCUACGGCACACGCUUCGACCGACGCCAGCCCUUUGUGGAGCAAACUGGGCUGGUGUACGUGAGAGGCUGUGAGGUGCAGGGUAUGCUGGAUGACAAAGGACGCGUCAUUGAGGAAGGACCUGAACCGAGGCCUAAGCUACGAGGAGAUGCCAGAACAUUCCGCGUUUGGCUGGACCCAAACCAGUAUCAACAGGACAUGACCAGCAAUAUUCAGAGUGGCAGUGAAGACCCAUAUGAGACUUUCAACGUCAUCAUGAGACGCAAACCCAAAGAGAAUAAUUUCAAGGCAGUGCUAGAGACCAUCAGAAACCUGAUGAACACAGUGUGUGUUGUCCCAGACUGGCUUCAUGACAUUAUCUUAGGCUAUGGUGAUCCCGGCAGUGCCCACUAUUCCAAAAUGCCCAAUCAGAUCUCCACGUUGGACUUCAAUGAUACCUUUCUGUCCCUGGACCACUUACGUUCAUGCUUCCCUGGUUAUACCAUAAAGGUCACUGAGGAGGACUCUGAACUGCAAGUGCCCCCUUUCAGAAUCAAGUUUCCCAUCUCAAACAAAACAAACAAGGGAAAGAAGAGAAAGGCUGAUGAAGAAGUGGAAGACAAAGAGGAGGGCAUGACCUUGGUUGUUGAGCCCUAUGUUACCCCCAACCGUGGGCCAUAUCCGUACAACCAGCCCAAAAGGAAUACAAUUCAGUUCACUCCUACUCAGAUUGAAGCCAUUCGAGCUGGGAUGCAGCCAGGACUCACUAUGGUGGUAGGUCCACCAGGUACUGGAAAGACAGAUGUUGCCGUCCAAAUCAUCUCAAACCUUUAUCACAACUUUCCUGAGCAGAGGACCCUCAUAGUGACACACUCAAAUCAGGCUCUGAACCAGCUGUUUGAAAAGAUCAUGGCUUUAGACAUCGACGAGCGCCACCUCCUGCGUCUGGGCCAUGGAGAGGAGGAGUUGGAGACUGAGAAAGACUUCAGCAGAUAUGGCAGGGUAAACUAUGUCUUAGCCAGAAGGCUGGAGCUCCUCAGAGAGGUGGAGAGGUUACAGGGGAGCCUGGAUGUCCCUGGAGAUGUUUGUUAUACCUGUGAGACUGCUGGACACUUCUACCUCUAUCAGGUGAUAUCUCGCUGGGAAGAGUACAUGAGCAAAGUUGGGCCUAAGCAGGGCAGGAAAGUGGAGGUGGCGGCUGUAGCUACACACUACAAGUACUUCUCCAACGCCCCCCAGCCUGUGUUCAAGGGACGGUCUUAUGAAGAGGACAUGGACAUUGCAGAGGGCUGCUACCGCCACAUCAAGAAAAUAUUUACCCAACUGGAGGAAUUUAGGGCCUUUGAGCUGCUGAGAAGUGGCCUGGACCGCUCCAAGUAUCUGCUAGUGAAGGAAGCCAAAAUCAUUGCUAUGACCUGUACACACGCUGCACUCAAACGUCACGACCUGGUGGAACUGGGAUUUAAGUAUGACAACAUCCUGAUGGAAGAAGCUGCUCAGAUUUUGGAGAUUGAGACCUUCAUCCCUCUGUUGUUACAGAACCCGGAGGAUGGCUACAGCAGGCUGAAGCGUUGGAUCAUGAUUGGAGACCAUCACCAGCUGCCUCCGGUUAUUAAGAACAUGGCCUUCCAGAAGUACUCCAACAUGGAGCAGUCUCUCUUCACCCGAUUUGUGCGUCUAGGAGUGCCCACCAUAGAUCUGGAUGCACAGGGCCGUGCACGAGCAAGCCUGUGUAACCUGUACAACUGGCGCUACAAACACCUGGGGAACCUGCCUCAUGUCCAGCAACUGCCAGAGUUCCAGGUGCCCAACCCUGGCCUAACAUUUGACUUCCAGCUAAUUAAUGUGGAAGACUUCAAUGGAGUGGGAGAAUCUGAGCCCAAUCCUUACUUUUACCAGGUGACAACAGUGGACAGGUUCCAGGGUCAGCAGAACGACUACAUCAUCCUGUCACUGGUCCGCACCAAAGCUGUGGGACACCUGAGAGAUGUGAGGCGUCUGGUGGUGGCCAUGUCGAGAGCCAGACUGGGUUUGUACAUCUUUGCCCGGGUGUCGCUGUUCCAGAACUGCUUUGAGCUGACUCCUGCCUUCAACCAACUCACUGCCAGACCACUGCAGCUGCACAUCAGGCCACAUGAGUACUACAGCCAGGAACAGCCCAGAGAUGCCUCUGGACAACAAGACCAAAUUGUUAAGGACAUGCCUGAGAUGGCCACCCUGGUGUAUAAUAUGUACAUGCACAUGAUGCAGACCUCUCUGAAGUACAGACAGCAGCAAGAACAGAAACUGGCUCUGCCUCCACAACAAACCAAGACAGAUAAUGCGGUUGAGAAAGUGCCAGCUAGCUGUGGGGAAUCGCAGGAAGAAACCCCCAUGGAGCAGGAAAACCCAGGAGGAGAGGGAAGCUCAGAGGCCACCUUGGACAGCACCAGUGAGAAGGAGGAAACAGUGGAUCACUCUAAGAUGCCAGAGCACCCCGGUAGAGACAGUGACAGCGAUGGGGAGGAUAGCGGGGAGGAGCCAGAGCAAUAGUGCAUCCUCAUCUGGGACUAGUGCCUAAUUCAAGCUUUAGUUUUGGAGGUGGCCAAGGACUGUCCCUUAAGAAAAGCUUAGUGUGGACUCAGUGAUAUUGUAUUUGUUUUCUACUGAAGAGAUAACGUGUUAUUCAUUUUUCUUGUCUUGAACAUUUGAUUUUGUAACCUCAAAUCUUUUAAAAAAGUGAAAUAUUUCA